UGUCAGGCUCGAGUUGCUGCGCGAGGGUGAGGUAUCCUUUACUUACUUGAACCCCAUGGGACGCUGCAUCGGAGUCAUAUUGCGCCCCUCUUGGUCUUGUCUCUCGUCCUGGCUCGCCAACGAUUCUUCUGACACAGCCCAACUGUCGUGUCUCUGGACUUGCUAGCCAACAUGGCGACCAAAGUCACUCAUGAUUUCCACAGCCAUGCACACGAAGAGGGAGUCGCCGGGACGGUCAACCUCAAGGCCCAAGAGGGGGAGGAGACUCACUACGGCCAGGCACUGUACCCGGUGCCGUCGGCGGACCCCAACGACCCGCUGCAGUGGAGCGGCUUCAAGAAGGGCAUGAUCCUACUAUGCUGCUGCCUGUACUCGUUCCUGGGCAACUCGACGCUGAUCGGGCCGUCGGUCUACAUCGGGCUGUGGUCGGGCGAGUUCGGCGUCGACCCCAACACGGCGGCCGGGCUGGUCAACUACCCCAACCUGGUGUUUGGGCUCGGCAGCCUGUUCCUGGUGCCGCUGUACCGCAAGAUCGGCCGCCGCCCCGUCAUGCUCGGCUCCAUGAUCUUCUACACGGUCGGGGUCAUCGCGGCGUCGCAGGCCACCACCUUCUCGGGCCUCAUGGCCGCCCGCGUCGUGCACGCCUUUGGGUCCGGCGUAUGCGAGGCCCUGCCCGUGCAGCUGGUCAACGACAUCUUCUUCCUGCACGAGCGCGGCAAGAAGCUGGGCUGGUACACCAUCGGCCUGUGCCUGGGCGCCACCGGCCCCCUGUUCUCGGGCUUCAUGCUGGCCGGCGGCUACUCGUGGCGCCUCUUCUUCUACGUCGAGUUCGCCUUUGCCGGCGCGCUGCUGAUCCUAGCCUUCUUCUUCGUCGAGGAGACUAAGUACAACCGCGUCGUGGCCAUCGUGCCCUCGCCCGUCGCCAACACCACCGACACCCACCUAGACCAAGAAAAGGCCGAGGCGACGACCGAGGAGCACGCGUCGUCUGAGUCGCCGCGCGACGUGUCGGCGGCCAGCCUGCCGCCGCGCAAGACGUUCGCGCAGCAGCUCAAGCCGUGGAGCACCGUGGAUCACGACUCGGAGUUCUUCAUGAUGAUGGCGCGCGCGUUCACGUACCUGCUGGUGCCGUCGACUUUCUGGGUCAUCACGACGUACGGCAUCUACAUCGGGCUGUGCGGGUUCGCCUUCAACUUCGUGUUCCCGCUCAAGAUCGUCGCGCCGCCGUACAACUGGCCGCAGACCAACUCAGGGCUCAACUCGAUCGCGAGCAUCAUCGGCUUCGCCCUGGCGCUCCCGCUGCUGCCCGCCAGCGACCAGCUUGCGGCGUACCUGACCAAGCGCAACAACGGCAUCCGCGAGUCCGAGAUGCGGCUCGGCAUCCUGCUGAUCCCCGCGCUGGUGGCGCCGGCGGGUCAGACGCUGUUUGGCGUCGCCGCCGCCCAGGACCUGCACUGGAUGACGUACUUUGUGGCUAUCGCCAUGACGCAGUGGGCCGGCUACUUCUAUUUUACUGUCACGCUUGCGUAUGCGGUCGACUCGUACACGGCCAAUCUGUCCGAGAUGCUCAUCAUGAUGAACCUCGGCAAGCAGCUGAUCAGUUUUGGGCUGAGCGUCGAGGUGCUCGACUGGAUCCUUGAGAACGGCUACGUCAAGGUCAUCAUCGGCGCGUUCAUGACCGUGAUGCUGGUCAACAACCUUGUCGUCAUCAUCUUCAUGGUCUGGGGCAAGCGCAUCCGCGUUGCUGUCUCCAAGACGUGGCUGGCCCGACUCCAUGCGCGCACCGCCGUCCGCGGCGAGAUGCAUUGAGGUGUCUGGCUAGGGGGAGGAGAGUUUUCUAGACGAGCUAGUCCUUGUGUGGUUGGAUAAUACAGUGUCGAGUUGAAUUGGAUUUCUGAGACGUAAUUGGGUAGUGGCUAAUGGAUAAAUUGCCAAAGGAUAUUC